AUGUACGAUCCGGAGCACAGAGAUGCAUGGUGUGCAAACGAGUCCUUAGUUCAAUUUGAGCCAGAUGAGACUGCAAAGAUUUGUGCUCCAUGGGAGAAGUUUUGUGUGACAGCAGUAAAUACAAUUAAUAAAGCAUUCACAAGUGUGAGUAGAGGAUGUGGAGAAAGAUGUUCAGAACUAUGUGAAUCAAUCGGAUAUGGUCAAGAUCAGGUGAAUUGUGAUGAUUGUUGUGAGGAAGAUCUGUGCAAUUCCAACUUUUCUAUUCAAUAUUAUGAGGUUCUGAUGAGCAGACAGUACACUUCAUGGACAACUCCAUUGCCUGGAGAGGUCAUCUACGAAUCUAUGAAACUCACUGGUUAUCGUUGGAAGAUAAGCGUGACAUGCAUUCAAAGACCAGAGGUUUCGAUGUGUCAAGUAUCUGGCGGCGAAGAGUGUGGCGUCCUGAAGAACCACAAUAAUGCAGUCACAAACAGUGCUAGUGACACGAUAUUCAUCAGCAAUUUCAGUGAACAAGGUGCAAACAUCUUCCUUCGAUCUACCUUGCUUUCAUGGUCAAAGAUUGACAGAAUGUCUGAAGAUUCGUUUGAUCACGUGGAUCCACAAGAGCAAUCAUCGAAUAACUACGGCAUGUGGCUGGCAUGUAAAGCGUCUGGUGAUCCAUUGACCAUGAUCCGUCCUUCGGAAAAACAACUGGAUUCACGGAACGAUUGUUUCCUCCGAACAUAA